GUAGUUAAACUAAUAAAUAGUUCUAGCUAUAUAAGUAGUUUAUAUAUAAGUAAAAGUUUUAUUAUAAUACUAACUUUAUAUCCUUUAGCAUUAAGCAGGGCUUUAUUAACUUUAAAUAGUUAUAUUAAGGUUAAAUUAUUAAGGGUUUUAUUUAAGUUAAAUUUAGUUUUAAUAAUAAAAUUUAUUAAGUUUAAUUUAUAA